UUUGUGAGCGGAAACAUCGAAGCAAAACAGAACACUGAGCAACGAGUUGAAUCGGGGCAACACAGCACACUCUCUCCUAACCUAAUUAUUCACGAUGAAUUCUCUCCUCGCUUCUUCAUUACGCGCCUUACCACACACUUCUUCAACAACUAAAUAUUUCAAUCAUAUUCUCACAUCCAGACAACAACACCAUUUUCUAUUCAUUUCCUCUAAAUUCAAAACACCCAACUCCAUUCCACGUUGUUCCACUUCCUCUAAUGGAUCCAUCAUCAGCCCUUCCGAAGAAGCUUUUCCACAAAAUGGCAACAUUCAUACUGAAGUCUCAAACCCCCAUGUUGGUUACGUCAAUUUUCAUGUCCCCAAGUUUAGCUUCAGUGACCAAGCUUUCUUUCUCCUCGCAUUCAUCGCCUGCACUACUUCAGUGGCAUUCACUGGCCUUGUUUGUGCAGCUGUUCCCACUUUACUUGCGAUGAGAAAAGCUGCAAUAUCGCUUUCAAAGCUAGCUGAUACAGCCCGUGAGGAACUCCCAAGCACCAUGACUUCCAUUAGGCUUUCUGUGAUGGAAAUGAAUGAUCUGACACUAGAAUUAAGUGAACUAAGCCAGGAAAUAACAGAAGGAGUCAACAAGUCAGCUCAAGCUUUGCAAGCAGCAAAAACUGGAAUUCAACAUAUCGGUACUGUGGCACAACAACAAACUAUGUCCAUGAUUGAAGAGAGAGCGAAUUUGCCCGAAAUAUCUAUAGGACUUGUGGUUGCUGGAGCUGCAAGAAAGACUACAAGAGCAGUUGGCCGAGCCACAAAGAGUUUGUUCAACAUGAUUUCAAGAAGAGAAAACACUAGCGAAUAUGAUGAUGACUUCUACAUGUGAGAAAUCUGCUGAGGUUUAUUAAAUUGGUUCAGCUGUGUGCAUAUUUAAUUUAUGUCCUAAGAUAGCGUAGGAAGGUACUAAAAAUUCGUGUCAAAAUUUGAAUAUUUUUCAGUCAUAAUGUAAAGGGGUGAGCUUGAUAUUAGGUGAUUUAAUGCCAAGAGAGUUGCUACAUAAAAGUACAGUGGCUCUUGAGUAUAAUAGUAGCAACCUACAUGUCAUUUUAGAGAGGUUCAAUUUAUAUAAAGCAUCUCUUGUGAAGCUUGAUCCCCAAUAUCUAGUUCCUUAUUUACCUUCCCUAUUUACAUAAUUAAAUGAAGAAUCUGAAAAAAAUGAAUCAUU